CAUACAAUACCUAUCACCACAUCCAAAAUGGAGAGCCACUUCGACCGAGUGCUGUCUGCGGAGGCAGCUCCCAAGCGCCCCGCGGCCUCUUCCUCCUCUUCUCCCACUGCAAAACGUGCUCGUGUAUCUCCAGAAGCUGAUGCCGCAAAGAUCAGCGCGAUCGUGGACGGCGCCGAAGCGCAGGAGGGUGACGCAUUGGACGCUCGAGCACUUAAGUCCAUGGCCAAUUCCCUCAAGAAACACGUUCGCCGCAACGCUUUGGCGCGCGAAAAGCACGCGGACGAUCCGACCAAGUUUCUAGAAUCUGAACUGGCACUGGACGGCGAGCUGACGCGCUGGAAGCAGGUGGCAGCCAAGCCGGAGCUCUUCGCUGUCAUGAUUGAGCUACAGGUACCGCGCGUGCUACUCGGACUGUUCGCACACGAUAACCUUGAUAUCCGACUGGCUGUAUUAAGUCUACUGGCCGAGGUAACGGACGUGGAUGACGCUGCGAUGUCUCUGGAGCCGGCUAGGAUGCUUACCAAGCACUUGGUGGACGAGAAAUUGCUACCUCUGCUAGUAACCAAUUUGUACCAAUUGGCAGCGGCCGUGGACAAUGCGGAAGAUACCCAGGCAGAAGAGGAGACGACAGGGAUCUAUAAUUCUCUACAGAUUCUCGAAAAUAUGGCAGAUCUAGAGCCACAAGUGUGUGUCCAAGUGGCGGAGACGUCGAUCUUGCCUUUUCUAUUGAAACAAGUGUCGGCUGGACGGAAAUUUAGUGAGAACAAGCUGUACGCGAGUGAAAUCCUGUCUAUCCUACUGCAAUCUGGAGCAGAACCGAGGGAAAAGUUCGUGUCGUGGAUGGGGAAGGACCCACCGAGUGAGAUGAAGAAUAAGGAGAAGAAAGCGAAGGUGGAUCUCAUGGACGAUCUGCUCCAGGCAUUGGCCCCGUACAGGAAGAAAGACCCUGGCAGUGAAGAAGAAGAGGAACUUGUGGGAAACUUAGUGAAUGCGCUGUGUAGUGUGCUGCUCGUCCCCGAAGCUCAGACGCAGUUCCGUCGCUUGGAAGGACUGGAGCUGCUGCUGCGCUUUAUGAAAGACAGAAAGCGGUUCGUGUUUAGUGGCGCGUUGCGAGCAAUGGACCACGCACUUAUGGGCAAUGCCCGUAACUGCGAACGCUUGAUUGAGAUUGGCGGAUUGCGUAGCGUGUUCUCAGUCUUUAUGGGACGCCACGGCAAGUACAAGGCAAGUAGCAGUAAGAAAGCGAGCAAGGUGAGUGAGAAGGCUAAGGAAGAAGAGAAUGCGGCCAGUUUGGUGGCCUCCAUGUGCGCGUGGGUGCGUGAGAAUGCUCCGGCGGAUGGUUAUGACCGUUUACACGCUAAGUUUGUGGAAAAUGACAUGGAGAAGGUGGAUCGAUUGGUGGAUCUGUUUGCUAAAUAUCACGAGCGAGUGGAGCGCAGCGGGCUGGACGAAGAGGAGGAAGAUGAAGAUGAGGACAGUCGGUAUUUACGACGUCUGGACGCUGGUCUGUUUGUACUGGAGAGGAUCGCGUUUGUGGUGGCACAUUUGUGUCGUUUCUCGAAGAAACUGCGUGCCUACGUGAUGGUCAAGUUCCAUGAGCGUAGUAUUGACAACGACACUCUUGUGAGUGUGCUACGGGAGCAGUUGGACCUCCUGGUUGCCGACGACGAAGUCAAGAAAGAGGGUGAGCAAGAUACGUCGAAGAAGGCCAAGGAUGUGGCGAAUGAUGAAGCCAAGGAAGCACAGAAAACGCAGCUUCGACAACUACUGGAAACGCUUGAGGCUGAGGAAACGCCAUUUAAGGAAGAGAAGGAUGGUGCUAUAGAGACUGAAUCUGAGGAAACGAAGGUGGAAAAUAGUGACAAGGUAGACAGCAAGAAGCCAGCAUCUUCAUAGAAAUGAAUAAAUUUUUGAGUUGCCACUAUGAGGUUGAAUACAACUACAAUUCAGUCAGAA